CUCCAGUAUCAUCAUUUUCAGGCUCAAUCAAUCCAAUAAUAAUUUAAUUUCCUGACUAAAUAAGUUUGUAGGACAGUUAGAUACAUACAAAAUUAUCGCAAGCAGAAUGGAAGUAAUUUUGCGAAGUGCAUUGGACAAUUCGACCUUGAUCAGGGGUGUAUUGGGUGGGGUGGGAGCUUCAAGCAGAGAAUUUCCCCAUCAAGUCGGCCUAACUUAUGAAGACCGUUUUUACUGUGGUGGGUCAAUAAUUUCCACAAUUUUUAUCCUUACGGCCGCCCACUGUGUGCACAAUCUUAGUCCGACAAAAUUUAAAGUUACUGCUGGCGACGUUAACAGAAUUCUUUCAGAGGGUACCGAACAGACAAGACAGGUUUCUCAUGUCUUUGUUCACCCUGACUACAAAAGAGCCACGCUAAAUAAUGACAUCGCACUCAUGGUCUUGGCCCAGCCUUUCCAGUUUAAUGCUGAUGUCAGGAAGAUCAAGUUUUUGAAGGAUCCGACAAUCAUUCACUCUGGAAUCGCAACAGUCUCGGGAUGGGGGCAAUUGGUGCAUGGAGGUGGAUCACAUCACACACUGCAGAAAGCGGAUGUCCCCAUAAUUCCUUCAACCCAAUGCAAAACAGCGUUCAAAGACGGCCACUUGAGCAUUCCUCUGUCUGACGAUGUCCUUUGUGCAGGCGGCAAUGGGAAGGACGCUUGCAAAGGUGAUUCUGGAGGGGGAUUAAGUGCACGACCCGCUUCUGGGGAAGACAUCCUGCUUGUGGGCAUUGUCUCUUGGGGAGCACCUUGCAAUGAGAGCGAAACGCUCCCCGGAGUUUAUACUUCUGUUCCUAAAUAUUCAAAAUGGAUUGAAGAAACAAUGAUAAAAUAUGGGCGAGAAUCUGGCCGAUGUCAACCGGAGGAAUUUUAUUGUACAUACGACAACGUUUGCAUCUUUUCGAACUGGGUGUGCGACGGGGAUGUGGACUGUUCACAAGGAGAGGACGAGUCCCCCGGACUAUGCAGUUUGCCGUGCCCUCCAUCACAGUUCCAGUGUGAGGGAGGAAAGUGUAUAAGUUCGAAAUGGAUUUGCGAUGGGAGGAGCGAUUGUCCCAAAGGAGAGGACGAACGCGGUUGCGAAUUCUGCAAAGCCGGAGCAAUUAAAUGUUCGUCCGAGUCGAAAUGCUAUUCUGACACAGGAAGAUGUGACGGUAACCACGACUGUGUAAAUGGAGAGGAUGAAAGACACUGCAAUUCAUGUCAUGGGCGAGGAUUUCAUUGCAAAAAGGAUAAGAAAUGCAUCCCGUGGGGGUGGAAAUGUGACGGGGAACAGGAUUGCGAAAGUAAUGAAGAUGAAGGGAAAUGUGUCUGCUUUUUAGGGGUUUGUUUUAACAAGCCAUUUUAGAGUGACCGUAUUAUAAAUAUAUAUUUGAGCGCAUUUAAUGGAAUUACUUAUGUGAUAAUUAAACAAUUAAAAAACGUAGUGUAAAUGUAAAUCAAUUCUUAAUGAAUAAUUUUUAUUAAAAGAUUUUGAGUAUAUAACGAAUUGUCGUAUUGGACUAUGUACGUAUAUAUAUAUAAGUUCGGCUAUAAAUAAGAUUAUUGCUGUUGUACAUAUUUAUGAAUGUACGUAUGCAUGUGUACUCGUGUGGAGUAGAAUAUGUAAGACACAAGUGGUGAACGCAAGAAAUAAAUACAUAUCCAAUAAUA